AUGCCUACUUCAACCUCUGGCUCCCACUCUCAGGUUUCUGUACCGACCAACGACUCGAGGUCAGUCUCCAUAUGCCACCACGACAACCCAAGCGACUUCCUUUUCGCCGUGUCACCUUCACUCACUCUCCAAUACGAAACCUCCGCCAUCGUCAUCUUAGCCCACGCUCAGAAACGCAUCAACGAACCAAGACCGCGAGACUUUUGGUUAACGGUUUGGUCGACGUCCCCAACAACGUCGCGGAGUGCCCUCGAGCUGAUUUUGAUGUGCGGCAGCUGGCUUCUGGGAGAUUAUCCCAUUUUCCUUUGGGCCCCUCCAAAGGCGGAGCACAGGAGCGAUGCAACAUCUAGCCUUGUCGAGUUUCUGAGGAAGCGUGUACCAGACAAGCGCGUGUUCUCUGUUUUCGGGCCCGCAGAUAUCACCCGUAUAUUCACCGCCAAGUGGUCUGAAGCCACUGGGAUACGCAUGCUCGUCAAACCUCAUUAUGACGCGUAUCUUGCGCGGUGCACGAAGGACACCAUGCGUCAAGGAAGGUCCAUGCUGCCAUUGCCCCAAGGGCACAAGACAAGACUGGCUACAAUGGGAGAUUUAGACAGUGUUUCGGAGCUUUGCAAUAGGUUUGCUGAUGAGGAGUCGGCUCCCUAUGAAUUCAGCGCGGAAGACUCGAGAUUGGAAGCACAAGAGCUCAUCAAAGCUCAGCAAGUUUGGGUUUACGAGGCUUCCAGCGGUGUGAUCGCAUGCAUCUGCGCUGCAGCUCGCCAUUCCCACCACGCAUCCGUCAUCAGCAAAGUCUAUACUUCGAAAGCCUUCAGAAGCAAGGGCUUCGCAGAGCGCUUGGUGCGCCAUGUGGUCCAGCAUUUAUUUUCGAUUCGCAGAGAGAGCGUCGUGCUAUACGUCGGCAAGAACAAUUCUGCGAGGCGCGUUUACGAUAGAGUGGGAUUUUCCGGCAUCGGAGAUCAAGCAAAGAGUAAAGACGAUCGCGAGGAUUGGCUAGAGGUUGGAUUCGACGUCGCCAUCACAGGGCGUUGGUGA